AUGCCUCUAACAAAUCCUUCCACACAGAGUGAAUAUGUAGUUUCAGUAAGGUCAGCAUUUCAUGAUAUAAGACGCAUAGCAGAGGAACAUUUGUCAAAAGCAUCCGAAAAUCAGGCAAGGCUCAAUCAAUCGACAAACACUUGGCGGCCUUUCGACUCGGGUGAAACAGUCAUGUUGAAAAGACCAAAAGGCUGGAAGUUAGGAAAUAAAUGGGUUGGGCCUUACAGAAUUCUAAAACGGUUUGGGGUCGACUAUAGAAUAGUUUCUACGGGAGGGAAGGUCAUGGUCGUUCAUCACGACCAGUUAAAACGCAGUUAUAUCCCUUUUCAAGAGGGCGAACCGGUUUGCCCUAGUAGGGAAGUAGGUGAGUUCCAGGUGGUUGAUGUUACACCUCCACAUGUCGGUAUUGACGGUAUUCCUCGUGCUCGACCUGCCAGACUAAGACAACAUAUUAAUCCACCAUUGAGAUACGGAUUUGACUAG